UCGAAUAUAGCCAAAUGCUGGCUCCAACACGCCUUUUUUGAGUCUCCAUUCGCUGCUGAAAAGAGCAAAAGAAACAAAGAAAGAAAGAAAAAGAAAGCAUAUCCCCUCUUUUGUUUUGUAUGGACCAACCCCAAGCCCUUCAUUGUUUGUUGCUGCACAAUGUGAAAGGACUCCAUAGUUGCCUCUUUGUCAAAGUUUCUUUUUUUUUUUUCAAGGUUUUUAAUCAGGCCAUCAACAAUCCCUACGAAAAAAAAAGAAAAGGUCUGCUUUCUUCACUCUUCAGUCCCUCUACAAGCCCCAAAAGAAAAAGGGGAAACAAAUCAUCCUUACUGCUUAAAUGGGUGCUCUUCAAGCCACAUUUCUCUUCCUGAUUCUACUGAAAGCAUGCGAGAUUACUGAUGCCGAGGAUGAAGAAUGGAAGACUGCUACUGCAACAUACACCAAAGAAACUGAUGGGUCAAUCAUUACAGGUAGUUUUCUUGCUUCUUUCAGAGUUUUGUCAAGUUUCUGUCUUUUCUACAUAAUGCUGCUGCACGUUUACAACAUACUCAAAAUUUUACUAGAAAGUGAUAAAGGGUUUGGUAUUAAAUAUGUUGCAGAAGGGGCUUGUGGUUAUGGAGAUCUCCACAAGACUAGCUAUGGGAAACACAGUGCUGGACUAAGCACCAUUUUGUUCAACAGGGGGAGUUCUUGUGGGGCUUGCUACGAGGUGAGAUGUGUUGAUCACAUAUUGUGGUGCCUGCAGGGGAGCCCCUCUGUUAUUCUCACUGCCACAGAUUUCUGUCCUCCAAAUUAUGGACUCUCAUCCGAUUAUGGUGGCUGGUGCAACUUCCCACAAGAACACUUUGAGAUGUCUGAGGCCGCAUUUGCAGAAAUUGCAGAGAGAAGAGCUGAUAUCGUGCCAGUGCAAUACAGGAGGGUGAAGUGUGCAAGAAGUGGUGGGUUGAGAUUCACUGUGAGUGGAAACCUUCGCUUCUUUCAAGUUUUAAUUACCAAUGUAGGCUUGGAUGGUGAAGUGGUUGCUGUGAAAGUGAAGGGAUCAAGAACGGGGUGGAUAGCUAUGGGAAGAAAUUGGGGACAGAACUGGCAAUGCAACAUUAAUCUUAGAGGACAGCCUAUAUCUUUUGAGGUGACCGUCAGCAGCGGAAGAACACUAGCAUCUUAUAAUGUUGCUCCAGCAAACUGGCAAUUUCCUCAGACAUUUGAAGGGAAACAGUUCUAGUUAUAGAAGCUUUUGAGCUAAAAUGUGGAAGUUUGCUUCAUUUCUGGAAUAUGAAAACUUUUGUAGUCUUAAUCAUGAGUUCAUCAGUAUUGAUGAUCUAACCACAUGUUUAGUUGUUUACAGAGUCACAAACACCUCUAGUCACUCAAAGUUUCCUCUACUAUCUCACAAAGUUGAGGUUUUGGUCAAAAAUUAGGGGAAAAGUUGCAGAAGAAAGUUGAAAAAAUAGGUAUACGAGGUCCCAGUUUUGUCUCUUAAUGAUAUCUUGAUUGGAAAGCUUUGUUGUUGAUGGAACGUGUAAUAGUUAAAAAAGUAGCAGUGUA